AUGAGCUGUCAGAGGACCAGUCAUAAGCGGCUGUCUCUGCUAUGGGGGGGGGCUCUCAGCCUCUGGCUCUGCUGCUGCUGCUGGAGCUCCGGGGCCGCCGCUGGGCCAGGAGACGGUGGCCCCGGGCCCCUGGGCUGGCUGCUGUCCGAUAAAGGGCCCUUCCAGCAGGCGGUGGAGUUCACGGAGGCUGCGGAGAGGUACCAGCAGGGCUUCAGCACCCGAUACAAGAUGUACAGGGAGUUCGGUCGAUGGAAGGUCAACAGCCUGGCGGUGGAGAAGCGGGAUGGUUUGGGUGGCAGCAGGGGCCUGGCUCUGCCCCUCGACCCCGACUUCAUGCACACCAUCCGCCAGCUGGGGAGGCGGCCCACCCUCCAGACCAUUACAGAGGGUCUAAUCAAGAAAUAUGGCACCCACCUCCUCCUCUCCGCCACUCUCGGAGUUGAACAGUAG